AUGACGGUGAAGAACGACCUGCCUGGCGCCAUCGAGGUGGAUGGCCAGGUGCUCUACCCAUCCAGAAGCCUCGACGUCCAUGGCUCACUGAUGGUGCGCCUGCGGGACGCGCCACACAUCCAGGGCCGGGGUCAGGGGCAUCGCCUGUCGGCCGCGAAGGACUUCGGCGACUUCGGUCGAGACGCCAGGCAGUGGCUGCUUGCAGAAGCCCAGGAAGUGAAGAGACAGGCUAGGAGGCAUCAGGAGCAGAAGGAGCACAUGGAACGGCAGGCCGCGCGGGAAGCGAUGGAGAAGGUCAGAAAAAAUGACAAGGAGGCAUGCGACUGUUUCAUGCGGAAAAUCUGCGUACUUUGUCUAGCCUACCUCCCCGCUAUUUUUCUCUUGUGGCUCAUGGCCGGGGGACCGCCGGGCGACGCAGCUCUCGCCGGGCUGCUCGCCUUCUUGGCCCUGCUUCUCUGCUUUUGGUUAAGCUUCUUUGUGCUACAAGUUGGUCGCCCUGCCUAUUGGAGAGUCGAGGCGCCCGGCUGGGAACGGUGUCUGGCAGCUGCUGUGUUGCUUGCUGGAGCCCUGGCAUGUGCCUGCGUAACCUUGAUGAACGUGCGGUAUGCCCAGGCUGGAUACUGGUGGACGGCACUCAUCAUUUGGCCAUGCUCUUGUUACAGUUUCGCGUUGUCGUUCGGUACAUUCAUAAUUGUUGCGCCGGAUAGUAUGCCAUACGAUGACGAGGAGGCUCUGAGAGCAGCCCAGUGGCAGCUGCGCACCCGCAGCAUUGUGUUUCGUGGCAAGGUGGUCGAAGAGUCUGGCAGGCCCUGCGUGGCAUCGUGGCCCGGCAAAUAUGAGGCAGCAUGGGACUGCUUGGUCCAGAGGAGCCGCGAGGGCGAAACCAGCGCCGCCGUCGUGUUUCUGCCGGAGGGGACGCCAUCCUAUGGCAAGCAUUCGCCCAUCCCAGCAGAAGAGCACAUUACUGGUGAGUGCUGGUGCAUACCCAUCUACGGGGAGCGCAAGCCUUGGGGCUGCCUCUGGUGGGACAAGUGGAUAAAGAACAUCGAAAAGGCACACGCCUGCGGUGCGCAGCUCGAGGUGUACUACUAUGAGAAGUCCGUUGGAGCGGGAAAAGUGGAGAGCUUCGAUACGGCGGGACAUGAACACAUUCGACGGGACGAGAUCAACUCUCGGUGGACAGCCUUUCAGAAGUCAAACGUCUUCAAGGCGGCAGUUGCAGCUGGUCUCGACAAGCUCUCCAAGGGAACGGGAAGGGACAGUUCGUCCCAAUACAGCCGCGAGUACCGUCGACUCUUCCUGUCCUGGUUGCCUAGUGAAGAUCGAGACUUCAUGCUGGCCUCAGAAGGGUUGGGCAACUCACAGAAGGCCGAGGUAGCUUGGCUCGACCGGAAGGGCUACGAGUACGUCGAGGUGGAUGUCUCCAAGUGGUGGGAGGAGUAUCACGUGCCAGUGUCCCAAGAGGUGACGCCUCAGGCGCACCCACAGGGGCGUGGCAUGAAUUUGCUAAUUCCUGGCACGGUUGAGUUGGGCUAA